CUCAGAAGAGGAAGUCAGAGCUGGGAAGCACACGUCUCAGUUCUGAUUUACGUUUUUUCUUUUUUAAAAAAGAUGCUUUUACUGGAUUUAUAUGAAACCUGAGGAGGCGACAGCCUGUGCAGAAGAAACCAGCAAAACUCUAGACUGCCAUGGGCCUGAGCUCAGCUCUGGGAAAUCUACUGUUUUUCCUCUGGAUUUCAGGGCUCGAUGCAGAAUUCAAACAGGAGAACUGUACCAAGUACAAGCUCCAGUUUGAAAGGGUUUUUUCUGUUCCUGGAGAUGUGGCUAUGCUGAAUAGCACCCUGGUCUCUCCAGAUGUCUUCGACUUUAAAACAGUCCCCUACAACAUCACAUGGUACAACCUAAAGACAAAAGAAGAAAUUAGCAACCAAACUGGUAAAAUCCUGGUGCUACAGGAGACCCUGUGGUUUCUUAAUGUAACACUUGACGACGAUGGAGAGUAUCAGACCAUACUGAGAACUCCUUCUAGGUGCUACAUGCAGCCGACUAGACUGGUGGUGAAUCUACCACUUCCUGGAGAGUGUGGACGACCGCUGAAAAUCGAGCAGCCACUUACAAAUUUAGCGUCAGACAGGCUGAACUGUCCUCUGAGGGACUACAUUUAUAAACUGGACAGCUACAACAUCAAUUCCACAAUCCAGUGGUACAAAAGCUGUGACCCCAUACUGGAUGGAACAGACAGACAUACCUACUGGGACAGGACCAAACUGAACAUUCAAGGAGUGGAACCUUCAGACGGCGGCACCUACACCUGUACUCUGACAUUCACCUUUGGUGGCGUUAAUGGAUCCGUGUCAGAGAGCAUUGAUGCAGUUGUCAAAGAGAACUGUGCCAACUACAAGCUCCAGUUUGAAAGGGUUUUCUCUGUUCCUGGAGAUGUGGCUAUGCUGAAUAGCACCCUGGUCUCUCCAGAUGUCUUCGACUUUAAAACAGUCCCCUACAACAUCACGUGGUACAACCUAAAGACAAAAGAAGAAAUUAGCAACCAAACUGGUAAAAUCCUGGUGCUACAGGAGACCCUGUGGUUUCUUAAUGUAACACUUGACGACGAUGGAGAGUAUCAGACCAUACUGAGGACUCCUUCUAGGUGCUACAUGCAAUCGACUGGACUGGUGGUGAAUCUACCUCUUCCUGGAGAGUGUGGACGCCCACUGAAAAUCGAGCAACCACUUACAAAUUUAGCAGCAGACAGUCUGAACUGUCCUCUGAGGGACUGCAUUUAUAAACUGGACAGCUACAACAUAGCUUUUACAAUCCAAUGGUACAAAAGCUGUGACCCCAUACUGGAUGGAACAGACAGACAUACCUACUGGGACAGGACCAAACUGAACAUUCAAGUAGUGGAACCUUCAGACAGCGGCCCCUACACCUGUACUCUGACAUUCACCCUUGGUGGCGUUAAUGGAUCCGUGUCAGAGAGCAUUGAUGCCGUUGUCAGAGAGGAGUAUUCUUUCCCUCCACAAAUGAAUGAACCAGCGAAUGAAAUUAUCAAGGCACAGAUGGGGUCUAACCUUACCAAAAGGUGCCUAGUAUUUGUGCCAGGUGUUGGGAUACCUUUAGAUGAUGUUGUCUGGUUUGUCAGAGAUAACCUCAUUCUCACUACUGACCCAUCUGAACACAUCUACACAACAGAACAAAGAUCGUGGAGCCACCACCUGGUUCAUAAAGGCAUGUAUCUAGAACGCCUGCUGAUCAUCUCUAAACUGAAGGCGGAUGACUUCAACAUCAACUACACCUGUCUUGUGCAGAGUUCUCGAGGUUUUGAAAAGGGAUAUUUUACUUUGCUAGAAACAGAACCAGAUUUCACAGUUCCCAUUGGAUCUGUUCUUGGAGGUGUGAUGGUUCUCUUCAUUAUCAGCGUCACCUUCUACUAUAUCUUUAGGAUCGACAUUGUGUUGUGGUUCAGGGGGACUUUUCCAAUCCUUUAUCCAAAUAAAGAUUUGGAUGGAAAGCUGUAUGAUGCCUAUGUGGCAUACCCACAGCGCUAUGCCUCAGGAUUCAACGAGCAAGUGGAAACGUUUGCCCUGCGCACAUUGCCUCAAGUAUUGGAAAACACCUGUGGCUACAAACUCUUCAUAGCAGGCCGUGACUGCAUCCCUGGGCAGGCUACGGUGGACUCCGUGGAGGAGAACAUUCAAGCCAGUCGGCGCUUCCUUCUGCUCUACACUGCCUCCACCUUUACCUGCAAGAGACACACAAGCAGCACCAGUAGUAACAAUAACAACAUUUGUAAGAGCAGUGAUUGCAGCGGCAACAUUGACAGCAUCAGUGAUAGCAUCAGAAACACGAGUUUUGAUGGUAGUGAUAAAGUCUGCUCAGACCCAAGGCAGCAGCUGGAAUGUGUGGCAGCCAUGCACAAAGCACUGCUGGAAGGUUCUUUCAAGGUGGUUCUAGUUGAGCUAGAGGAAAUAUCCCCAGCUCAACUCGCCUUCUUUCCCGAGUCAGUACGUCACCUGAGGAAGAAGCAGGGUGCUGUAUGUUUGUGGAAGGACUUCAGGACAAGGCAAAGAUGGAGGACAUGCACAAGGACAGAAGAUGAGAAAGGAGGAGGACAGGACUCACAGCUGUCACCAUCUCUUUCUUCUUCCUCCAGGUUUUGGAAAGAAAUGAGAUAUCAUUUGCCAGUCAGAGGCAAGAGGAAAGUGUAUCCAGAAAACAUUGCCUUGCUGAAUGCAUGAUUGACUCGUGUGUGUGUGUGUGUGUGUGGGGGGGGGGGGGGGGGGGGUGUCAAAUAAUAAAUGAGAGCAUCAGGUUUCCAAUGCACAUAUGUAUGGAAGUGAAACCCCUCACACACAGAUAAUUCCGAAAUACUGUAAUGUCACCAGGAGUGGGUAUGAGAACACUCCAAGUUAAGGUUAUAGAACAGAUGCAACAAAUAGGGUACUCUCAUUCAAAAUGUAACCCUGAAAAGGUCAACUUAGCCUUUUCUGUGCAGUUUUUCCAUCAGCACAUUUAUAAUUAAAAGUCAAUAAUUGUACCUUACAUACCAUACACGCAUACUUUGAAAUUCAGAUUAAACAGAUCAAGAAAAGCCAGAAGAUUCUUGUUUGACAAACUAGCAACAGUAGCUCAUUUGCAAGUGAUCAUAAUGACUGAGCAAUCCAAAGUAUGCUUGAACAGGUAUGUGAAGUCUGGACCAAACGAUGUAAAUUACAAAUGUGUACAUAAAAUUAAAACUGUAAAAAUGUUAAAAAAUUACAUACAAAUGUUUGCAUUUCUUAUAAUUUUCUAGUAAAAUGAAAGCUGUGAUUUUUAUAUAUUUAUAUAAAUGUGUGUGUAUAUAGUAAUGAAUUUACUACUGAUCAAAAGUGUCUGAAAGUGUUAAUUUAUGUAAUUUAUGUAAGAAACAUGUUGCGACAAGAGAAGAAGAACGGUGCAUAAAGGUUCCAGAAACGAUCCAGCAUCUAAAAUAAUACAUGGAAUGCCAUAACCAAGUUGCCCGCAUGGUGUAUAGAAAUAUCUGUGCAGAAUAUUGGCAGGAGACCUCCAGGUCACAAUAGGAAAUACCUCCCAAGAUGGUGAAGAAUGAGAGAGCUAAGAUCCUGUGGGACUUUCAGAUACAGACUGACAAAAUGGUGGUGGCCAAAUACUCUGCCGGAUCCUCAAGCUCCCAGGCCUCUGGUAGAGGACCCGAGCUUGAGAUUAACAUCCCCCCCAACCCACCCAGGGAAGAUGGGAGGUUGUUGAGGGAAGAUAUUUUUUGUUUUUUAUAUGUGUAUAUUGUUCAAAGUCUAACUAUUUUAUUAAUAAAUCAGCAAAAAAAUGAAAAUCUGUUUUAAAGAUGUAUUUAAUCUUCGUGUUGUUUGUGGCUAAAGUUACUAAGUCAGCUUAAUCCUAAAAUAGGAACAUUUUACCAAACUUGGAUUUUUAGCUAUAAUUUGCUUUUACCAAUUGAUUAAAAACUCUAAUAGAUAAUAUACAUAAAGCCCUUAUAUUCAUAAGCUUUGAACUAGCUUUGUAAGCAUUUAAAUUAGACUGAAUUUUGUUGAUCUCGUCAUGCAUUAAAGUAAACCACAGAA